AUGAGUUACCCGCCUUCUCUGAGCAACCUCGGCACUGGAAAUGGUAGCAUACGCAGUCACACGUUGCUCACCCCUCCACUUUCACCAGCAAGCUCUGAAGAUGUUCCGUUCAAGCCCCUGGACACCGACAACACCAGCCUUUCGAUGAAGAGACGCCGCGGAAUACACCCUCAUAAUUAUAAUCCUGAUCGGCGUCGUCUUAAUCGUGCCUGUGCUUCAAGCAGCGAGCUGCAAGUUUCCUUCGAAACCGAUGAUGCUCGACCUCACCGGUUCGGCCACAGCAAGUCACUACCUUCCCUUCGCUUGUCGGAAUCAACACCAAUUCUGGGGACGAUUUCAAUCGUCGGUGCAGCUAGUGCCGAUCAUCGCGACGUUAGCAAAAGGAGAUGGACAUUGCCUACGAAGUCGCAAGCUACUCGAGGAUUGGCGGAGAAAGUCUCGGUAGAGAACAGACCUGUCGGCGGCGUACCAGCUGGAAAGGACAACGCAAGCCCCGCUAUGAUUACACUUCGCAGAGCGUCUAUCAGUCGUGCGACCACUGGAAAGAUGUCUUUGACGUUCUUUCCUCCUCCCAAGUUCGAACGAAGCAAGUCUGGUCUUUUGGCGGCCUUUCUCAAUACUAUCACAGGGCAUGGGAAGGGAGCUCAGCAGAACGGCAGCAAAGAUGUUGAUACUGAUGAUUCACGACGAUAUUCUACUGUAUCGGUACAGCAGGAUUACAUCGGAACGCCUCGCCAAAGGAGUGCAGCACCCGUUUACACCAGCGUGUCAGGCAUGGAGCCCAACUUGCUGCAACCAUCCCGGAGCAACUCCAACCCUUUCGUGCGUCGGUGUUCGACUAAGUUCAUUUCUAGUGGAUCAGUCUACGAGGUCAUCUGGGACGAGAACAUAUCCUCGAGCGACUCGGACACGACACUGCCGGCGACUAUGGCGGGAAGCCGGCGCAGGUCCAUAGCAGUGGACAGACUCGAGACCCAGUUCUUCAGAGCGGUAGCACAGUCUCGGCGUGAGUCAUUGAUCUCUCAACUGGAGGAGCAGAGGCAGUCAAACGCAGCACGUACGAGCUCCAUUUCAAACAUCUCAAGCGGCAGAUUUACCUGGCCCGGCCACGAUAGCCCUAGCGGCGCCCAGCGUACCAAAGGCUACAGGACAAGAUCGCCCACAAUUGAAGUUCUCCCAGAAGAAACGUCGAUGCAUGUGGGGGACCGGUCGAAAGGUUCGAUCGAAUUCUUUCCCCCUUUGCGAAGCCGUGCCACGACAGGCGACAGCCAGAGCAUUGUGACUGCUGACACCGGAGCCUGUGCUGCUCUGGCAACCAAUCAUGACGAUGCUCUUACAGGCGCGGAGCAGGCACAGUCAUCUUCCGUUGCCACGUUAAGCGGACAUACAAAACCUGGCGGCCUGGUAGGCGUCAGUGCGCACAUGAAGAGGCAAGACGGAGAAGUGAACAGCUGGGCGCAGAAGCUGAGCGGAAAUAUGCUCAGCCUGGCGUUGAGUCCUUCCAGGAGGGCGAGUCAGCGAUACAAGUCCAUUGUUCGAGCGGUGCGGGAUGAGAUCGAACCGCUACUUGACCCGCCGAGGUCGGCAUGA